AUCGACUCAUCCAUCACCAAAAAAAAAUAUGUCGAAGUGGCUUACUGUGCUCUGCACUGCCCUUGUGUGGUGUUGCUAUUUGUGCAGUAUCCCUGCUGCCACUUCUAUGGCAAAUAAUGAGACAGACAGAUUUGCAUUGCUGGCCUUCAAGGCUGCAAUUGUUCAAGACCCAUUUGGUGCACUCAGUUCCUGGAAUCAUUCACUCCACUACUGCCACUGGAACGGCAUUUUGUGUAGUCAACGACAUCCCGACAGAGUCAUUGGGAUAACUCUAAGGUCCCAAGGCCUGGUUGGAUCGCUCUCAACUCAUAUAGGAAACCUCUCCUUCCUUAAAAGCAUUAAUCUUCAAAACAAUAUCUUCCACGGCCCAAUCCCACAGGAGAUGGGUCGCUUGUUUCGGCUACAAACAAUAGAAUUUAGCACCAAUUCGUUUGGAGGUGGAAUACCAAACAACCUUUCCCGCUGCUCAAAACUCGAAUGGCUGAACUUGAUCGACAACAACCUAACCGGAAACAUUCCAGCUGAGUUGGGCUCUUUGUCAAGACUUGGAACUUUAGCCUUGCGUAAAAACAAGCUUUCAGGAACCAUCCCUCCUUUCAUUGGAAACCUCUCAUCCCUGUUCCAAAUUUCUUUCUCGGAAUGUAAUUUGCAUGGAGAGAUUCCGGCAGAAAUUGCCAGGCUUCGAGGCCUGAGAUUAGUCCUGUUAUCUGAGAAUAACCUAUCUGGCAAGGUUCCAUCUGGCCUUUACAAUAUCUCCACCAUCAUUUUGUUAGCAGUAACUAUUAACCAACUUGAAGGAAAUAUUCCUCCGGAUAUAGGCUCCACCCUUCCUAAUCUCAAGUUUCUUUAUUUUGGGGAAAAUUUGUUUACUGGAACACUUCCUAAUUCACUAUCAAACGCUUCGGAGCUUGAAGAAAUAUUUUUCCCUUCAAAUGAUUUCAGCGGGACAAUGCCGAGAGAUCUCGGAAAACUUCUGGGUCUUCAACGGAUAGUUGUUUAUAACAAUCGGUUGCAGGAUGACCUCACUUUUAUUUCGUCUCUAACAAAUUGCACCAGUUUACAAUAUAUUGAUGCGGGUAACAAUUCUUUUAGAGGUUCAUUGCCUGACUCCAUAGGUAAUCUCUCCACAUAUCUUAGUAUUAUAAAUUUGCAGAUUAAUCAAAUACAUGGAAGCAUUCCCUCAGGCAUCGGAAACCUCCUCAACCUCACUGUCUUAUCUAUGGCAGCAAAUAAUCUUGCUGGCCCUAUUCCAUCCUCCAUUGGCAGACUUCAACAGCUGCAUGCUCUGUACUUAGGCCUGAACAAAUUCACAAAACUUCCAUCUUCGCUUGGUAAUUUGACUUUGUUGAUUACUCUCAACUUGCAAGAAAACAACAUCCAUGGAAGCAUACCUCCAAGUUUGGGCAAUUGUCAUAGCUUGUUCGUAUUAUUCCUUGAUAAAAAUAAUUUCACUGGUUCAAUACCCCCUGAAAUUAUGAGUCUCUCCUCCAUUUCAGCAGCCCUCUCGUUGGCUCACAAUGCACUAACCGGUUCUCUUCCAUUGGAAGUAGGGUCUUUGACAAAUCUUGGAUACAUGGAUGUAUCUUAUAAUAAAUUAUCAGGACCCAUUCCAAACACUCUAAGGAAUUGUUUGAGCCUCGAAUGGCUUCACUUGGAGGCUAAUUCAUUUGAGGGAGAGAUACCUCAAAGUUUGAGAAUAUUGAGGGGCUUAAGAGUGUUGGAUCUUUCACGCAACAAUUUGUCGGGGCUAAUCCCAAGUUAUCUAGGUGAGCUUCAACUAGAUAUCUUGAAUUUGUCUUUUAAUAGGUUACAUGGACAAGUUCCAAUACAAGGAGUGUUUCAAAAUGGGAGUGCAAUUUCAAUUGUUGGAAAUAAUGGUCUAUGUGGAGGUAUUGCAAAAUUAGACCUUCCUCCUUGUGCAGCCUCCACAUUAAGCAAGAAUAAGCUAUCUCACAGGAUGAAAGUGAUCUUGGUGAUUGGUCUUGUGACAUUUUUAUCUUUUUUAGCGUGCUUCUUUAUAUUUCUUCGAUGGCGUCAUGUUUCAAAAAAUAAUGUGUCUUCCACACCAUCAGUCAAACAUCAAUUGUUGAGGGUUUCUUAUGCAGAACUUUUUAAAGCCACCAAUGGAUUCUCGGAGGCUAAUCUAAUUGGUGUUGGAGGCUAUGCUUCAGUUUACAAAGGGAUUCUUGAUCAAGUUCAGAUGGUUGUGGCAGUGAAAGUGCUCAAUCUUCAUAAUAGAGGAGCUUCUAAGAGCUUCAUGACAGAAUGCAAAGCACUAAGAGCAAUAAGGCAUCGAAAUCUAUUGAAAAUUUUGAGUGUUUGUUCUAGUGUGGAUUUCAAGGGUAAUGAAUUCAAAGCUUUGGUGUAUGAAUUUAUGACAAAUGGAAGCUUAGGCAAAUGGCUACAUCAAGUCGGAGUGGAAGACCAUGGGCGGCCAGAAGAACCUAGAUAUCUUAAACUAAUCCAAAGGCUGGACAUUUCCAUUGAUGUUGCCUCUGGACUUGGGUAUCUUCAUUGUGGUUGUGAGUCGACAAUUAUUCAUGGUGAUCUAAAGCCAAGUAAUAUUCUUUUGGAUGAUGAGAUGACGGCUCAUAUUGGAGAUUUUGGGUUAGCAAAAAUUAUUUCUACUGUUUCAAGUGAUGUGGCACGAGGUCAAAGCAAUUCAGCUGCGAUAAGGGGAACAAUAGGCUAUAUUGCUCCAGAGUAUGGCAUGGGGGACAUGGCUUCCACACUAGGGGAUGUAUACAGCUUUGGGAUUCUUUUAUUGGAGAUGUUUACAGGUAAGAGACCAACUGAUGAUAUGUUUAAUAAUUAUUUAAAUCUUCAUAACUUUGUUAAGAAUGAUUUGCCCGAUCGAGUGAUGGAGAUUGUGGAUCCCUGCAUUCUAUUGGAGCAUAACACAAAAAGGCAGAUUAAAGACUACAUGGUUUCCGUCCUACGAAUUGGGGUUGCAUGUUCAAUGGAAUCGCCAAGAGAUCGAAUGGAAAUGGAGAGUGUUAUUAGCGAACUGCGUAGGAUCAAAACUACUUACAUGAAUGAAGGGUUGAACCAAGACUAGGAAGUUGGAAGAGGUUGUACAACAUGAAAACCAAAGGUUACAUCCAAGGUCCUUCAAUAAUGGUUACCUCAACAGUAUGCUACUUCACAGAUAGUAGAAUACAAGGGGUGGCUUUAUGUUAUUGUUGCCUCAACAAUCUUUAAUCUAUUACUUGAAUAAGUAACAGACACUUUUCUCCUUUGGUUAGAUUGUAUUAUAUCAAAUAUGUGUUCAUGUGGGAUGUUAUGUUUCCCGCUAAGAUUGUGUGCUUGGGAUUACCAAUAUUUGUCCAUGUUAAGCUAUCAUUCCGUUGUAUCUUCACUUUUCCUUGAAAUUGCAUGUUCAUGUAUCAAAAAUUAUUUGUUUUGUAGCUUUGUUUGUGUUAGCUUUUUAUUCGUGGCAAUCCCAUUUGACAAAACUCAUUUCAAUUGUAAUUGUAUUCGAUCUUUUAUUUCAGUGAAGCUUUGAGUUUUAGAUGCGAAUCCAACCCGAA